AUGAUCGACCAGUACUGGCAUAAGAGCGGAGUUUGCGGCCUCUUCACCCGCGCUGCCCUCCGUACUCUGCAAUUCGUUCUCGCCGUGACGGUUGCCGGCCUCUACGGUGUUGAUCUGGCCCGCGCAACCAAGACUAAGCAACACGCUAAUUCAGAAUGGGUGUAUGCUGAGUUUGUUGUCGCGCUCUCAGCAAUAACGUGUAUUGUACACUGCUUCGUGACAGUGACGCAUGUCGCGUGGUCGGCUUGGGACGGAGUCUUGUUUGUGCUCUGGCUGGCCCAGGUCGGUGUCUUUGGGACCAUAUAUUCCCCCAAUGUGAAAGGAGAAUACCAACAUGCGGCAAACUCGACUGCCCGUAUGCAUGCCGCUAUCUGGAUUGAUUUGAUCAACAUGUUGCUUUGGUUUACGACAACGGUACUCGGUAUCGCGUGGUGUAUCCGGACUCGCAAAGUCACCCGGCGAACGGAUCAACUUGAUCCCAAUCAAAUACAGCUUAGAGAGAGCAGCGAGCAGAAUCAUAGCAGCAAUGAGGAGGGUAGCUUGCAAUCCCAUGAAGACAGGAGCUUGAAGGCGCUUGCUAUGGAGAAGCCUUACGAAAAGAGCGCCAAAGAAAGCAUGAGUCAAACGUCCGCGGUAGAAUCGGACAAGAAGGCCGAAGUCAGUCAGCCUGUCCAAUACUGA